GGAGGAGGAGGCGAAGAGGAGGAGGAGGACGAGGAGGAAGAAGAAGAAGAAGCGGCGCCGCCGUUCUGCACGAGAGCCGAGCGAGCCGGGCUGUUAUGCAACCGCGAGGAGCUCUUCUCUAUGAGGCUCUAUUCUAGGCUGCUGGGUCGCUCCUCGCCCAGAUCGAUGUGGUUUCUGUGGAACAUUGUCAGCAAAGGAUCGCAUAUGCUGCAGUGUCUUUGUGGCAAGAGUCUUAAGAAAAACAAGAACCCGAGUGAUCCCCAGCUCAAGGGCAUUGUGACCAGGUUAUAUUGCAGGCAGGGAUACUACUUGCAGAUGAGCCCAGAUGGAUGUUUGGACGGGACCAAAGAUGACAGCACUAAUUCCUCAUUGUUCAACCUCAUCCCAGUGGGCCUUCGAGUCGUCGCCAUCCAGUCAGUGAAGACGGGGUUAUACAUCGCCAUGAACGGAGAGGGACAUCUGUACACAUCGGAGCUUUUCACGGCAGAAUGCAAGUUCAAAGAAUCGGUUUUUGAGAACUACUACGUCAUCUACUCAUCCAUGCUCUACAGACAGCAGGAGUCUGGUCGAGCCUGGUUCCUGGGUCUCAAUAAAGAGGGCCAGCCCAUGAAGGGGAACCGAGUGAAAAAGACUAAACCAGCUGCACACUUUCUUCCCAAGCCCAUAGAAGUUGCCAUGUACCGCGAGCCCUCGUUGCAUGAUGUGGGUGAAGCAGUCCCCAAGGCUGGAGUCCCUCCCAGCAAAAGCACAGAGCCGGUGGUCAUGAACGGCGGCAAGCCUGUCAGCAAGCCUGACAAGGAGACAUAGCCCUGCACCCCCCACCUCCCCUCCCCUCUUGAGGGAGUCUCCACGUCCACAACUCUCGAAACAAAAAAAAACUCGCACUCGGCUGUCCGUGGCUUUGAACCACGAGUAACGACGACAAAGAAAAAAAACUCCCUCCUCUACCACUCUUCCCCCCAAGAGUCUAGCCCCUGGCACGAUUGAACUAAGGGGCGGGUGUGGCUGGAGGACAAGGCUGAAUUGCUUGGAAGGACUGCAAGAGUGUGGAGGAGAUGGGAAAGGAGGUUGAGGAGGAGGGAGAGGAGGAGGGGACCGCUGAACGCUCAGCACUAACAAACUCUGUCAUUGGAAUGCCCUAUGCGAUACGGAAUGCCUUUUCAAAGCUCCCUUUUCUUUCAUUUCCCCUUUCUUUCCUGUGACAAUCCUCUGUGAGAAUGACAUAUUUUCAUCUGCCUCGUCUGGUAGCUUUUUGCCUGCUGACAGCUACCCACAAUUCUUCUGUUGGACCUUUCAUGUUACUGUUCUUUUUCUUUUAGAAUACCACAGCACACCAGCAUUUGUCUGGAUAGAUUGUUGUACAGACACAGAUCAACUCUGUCAUUGUUGUUACCUGUGUCUUGUUUGCCUAUCUUUUUUUUUUUCCUUUUAUGUGUCCUUUCCUAUCACAUUGUUUUCUGUUAGCCAGCUUAUCCAGGACUGAGGAUUGUUGUGUGCUUUUACAUUACACAAAUUACGUGAAGAGUAGCUUGGAGAUGAGAAGAAGCUGUCUGCUGUGUCUCGCUUCUUUAGACGUGUUUACAGUGCGGCAACAUGGUAACGAUUGUUUGAAGCAGCAAAAUUAGAUAGAGGACCACCUCUUUGGUUAGUUUCUCCUUUUUAAUUAUCAUUGCACUUGAAGAAUGGCUCACAGAACUGCAGGGAAAGUUGGCAAAGAUGUUACAGGUUGUAGUCGAAACCUCGCAAGGACCGUCGAGAGACGUGGCAUCGAUAAUCUUGUCGCUAGGCAUUCAGGGUGGACGCGGCUCCUUCACAAUGGAACGCUAUACAUAUCACAGACACCCUUGAUUUUAUCUGCCAGUCUCGGCUCACUUACCUGACUCACAGAUUAUACAAGCCAGUUACCUCACUUUGGCGUCUGAAGUCAAUAGUUACCGGCCUUUAAGGUUUUUCCCCAAUUUUGGGCUCUUUCUGAUAAAUCAGAUCUUGUUGUAACUAAUAGGUGAAGCCCUCGACCAACGACUGCGAUUGUUUGUUGAAAUGCCCGAUGUAAAUAAACAAAAACGCAGUUGUCCUUAGCCAGGCCUGGGGAGGAUGGGUGAAUGUAUAUUGAUGCUGUCGCACAGGUCAUGGCCACGUUUCGAGAGAUGGACUUAAGGUAGUGCUGUUCUCUUUGCCUUUUCAUUGUAGCAGAAGAGAUGGCAAAAAAAUUAAAAAUGGUAGCAGUUUCAACCUUACAAAAGCAAGGAAAGGUGCAGCAUCGGCCCGCAGGUUGAUAUGAAAACUGUGUUUAUUUUUAAGAUGCUGUUUUUUACGCUAGAGUUAGCAGCAUGUCAGGACGUUUUCCAAGUUGGCGUAGAUUAUAAGUUGAUUAUUACUCCACAUAUAAAAGGACGAUCAGUUACUGUUUAGCAUAGGGUGCUUCCUCAACGGUCUCCUUAAGGAGCAUAGUAGCAUGUUUGACUUGUUUUGAUGUUUGUUUCAUUUUGUUUUUCUCUUUGUCCACAGACGAUGUUAGAGCGUUUGUACUUACCAUCUUAAUCUACGUUUUAAAAAAAGGGUAUUUAAAUAUCACUGUGCAUCAGUAAAGCUGUUUAUAGGACUUGGAGAUUUAGAGUACCUUGAAAGCAAUUCACAGUUUAAUAAUGAAGCAUUUUCACCUUGCUUAUUUAACAAUUCUACGUUGUAAUCUGCCAUCUUGAGAGGUUUUUGUCAUUCUAAAAGCAAGUAUAGUAUUAUCAUAUUUAACUGUACCCCAUGUUCAAAUCGGUUGCGCCAUGCUAUUCCACUGUUUUGCUGAAUUUGAGGUGUUGAGAAUCUUUCAUUACAAUUGUUAUCUAUUUAGAGGUGCGAAUGCUGUCACGCUAAUAUUAAUUGGUACACUUAAUUUCAGAGCAGAAUGAUGUUUCUGUUUAAGUUGCUAAAUAGCAACAUUAGUAAUUCAUCUGUUGGCUUUUAUGUUUCUCUGUCAGCUGUUUUCUUAAUGGGAUAUCUUAGAGUGUCUAAAACAGUGAUAUAUUUUCUCCCAUUUACCAGAACGACUGAAGUGUUUUUCUGUUUUAAAGCUGUUUCUUGUAUGCUCAUCCUAAAGUGUGCACAUUUCUUUCUGCUGGGCCCUCGUACUGUAUAUUUUGCCCUGCUGACCAGUGAACUGGUUCCAUAGAGGACUGGAUUUAUUUUUGUAAAAUGACUGCUAUGUAAAUGUACAAUCUUUGCUCUUCGUUUAUAUAUCCUCCUGUAAUGUUCCUCCCCCCGUUUCGUUUUCUUUUCCAUACGUAUUUACGUAUUUGUACGUUUUCUUGUAGCCGUGGCCGUUCAUCUCACAUAGACGUGUAGAUCUCAGAGAGGACUCUGUUUUCCCUGUCUUUUCUAUGUGUCGAGAAUAUUAACGGCAGGAUGAUCUGUACUAUUUUUCCCUUCUUUUUUGUCUUUGGUUUCUUCUCUGGGGUUUCCAUACUUGGUUCAUCUACAUGUUUCAACUGUUGCAUGGUAAUAAAGGGGGAAGGCUAUUGGAGACCUGCAUGUGGUAGGCUAUGUGUAUCAAUACAAACAAGUGAUUUAAAAAAAUGUUGGUAUGUACCGCUAAACUUUACAUACAGUACAUAUAUGCAAAAAGAGUCUGCACUGUACAGUUUAUGUCAAAUCCAUUGUAUACACAGAGAUAACAUAUUGAAUAAAUCAUUUAUAUAAA